AUGGGUUGCGUAAGUACUCAAAUAAUUUAAAAUGAACCAUUUGUAUAUUAAAGGAAGGAUGAUUUAUAUAAGAUAUUAGACUCAUUAAAAGUAAUUGAUGUAUAACUUCUAAAGAGGAUUAUUGCUGCUUUAAAAAAAGAGAAAGUCACAAAUUGUCUAGGUUAUCUUUCAAAGCAUUGUUAACAAAAAAAUAAAGAAUAAUCUAACAUUAAGUAUAUUGCUGAUAUUAUUGGAAAUAUUUGCGAACUUGAUUUUAACAAAAAGAAUUAUUCAACAAAUGAAUAAUAAUAAUAGAGAAAGCAUCUAAUCACUUAAAUCUCUUAUGAUAAGAAAAUAUUAGAAUUUUUAGAAUUUCUAGUUCAACUUACAGCCUUAGAUGAGAAUUUAAUAUAAUGCGGAUCAAAUUCUUUAAAUAUUUUAGUUGAAAUGAAGGUUGAUUUGGCGUAUCACAAUUUUCAAAAUAUCAAGAUUAAAAAUACUUAAUUAAUAGGAGCCAAUUUUGUCAAAUGUGAUUUAAGUGGCUCUGAAUUUGAUAAUGUCAUUAUUAGUGGAAUAAAUUUGAAUGGAGCAAAAUUAUUUAAUUGCAAAUGGAAGAAUUUAAGAAUAAAUGAGUUAAAUAAGUUGAAUGGUCAUCGGGAUAAAGUCAAUUAAGUUUGCUUUUCUCCAGAUGUGAUGACAAUGAUAUUCGUUUUUGGGAUGUCAAAACAGGAAAAACAAAGUCAAUAUUAUAAGGAGAUAGGAAUAUCAAUUCAGUCUGCUUCUCACGAAAUGCGAGACUAUUGGAGUCCUGCAGUGGCAAAUUUGUAUAUAGGUGGAACCUUCAAACUAGAAAGCAUAUACAUAAAUUUAAAGUUCAUACUGAAGAUGUAAAUAUAGUUUGUUUCUCUCUUGAUGGUAGUAUAUUAGCAUUUGGUUGUGAAAGACAACUCUAUCCGUUUAUGGGAUGUUAAGACAGCAUAAUAAUAUCUUUAAUUAGAUGGUCAUACUGCGUAAAUCUAAUCAGUCUGUUUCUCCUCUGAUAACACUAAAUUAGCAUCUGGUAGUGAUGAUAAUUCUAUCUGUUUAUGGGAUGUUAAGACAGGAUAAAAAUAUCACUAAUUGGAUGGUCAUACUGGUUAUGUAAAUGCAGUCUGUUUCUCUCCUGAUUGUACUACAUUAGCAUCUGGUAGUUUUGAUUACUCUAUCCGUUUUUGGGAUGUAAAAACAGGAUAAUAAGCAGCAAAAUUAGAUGGCCAUACUCAUGAAGUCAGAUUUGUCUGUUUCUCUCCAGAUGGUACUACAUUAGCAUCUGCUAGUUGGGAUAACUCAGUUUUCAUAUGGGAUGUUAUAAAAAGAGAAUAAAAAGUCAGUAUAGAUGGUCACACUAAAUAGGUGACUUCAGUUUGUUUCUCUCCUGAUGGUACGGCAUUAGCAUCUGGUAGCUAUGAUAAUUCUAUCCGUUUAUGGGAUAUUUAGACAAUAUUAUAAUAUCACUAAUUAGAUUGUCACAUUGAUAGUAUACGAUCAGUGUGUUUCUCUCCUGAUGGCACUACUUUAGCAUCUGGAAGCGAUGAUUACACCAUCCGCUUAUGGGAUGUUAAGACAGGAUAAUAAAAAAUCAAAUUAGAGGGUCAUAGCAGUUAUGUCAUCUCUAUUUGUUUCUCUCCUGAUGGUUUUACAUUAGCCUCUGGUAGUGGAGAUUGCUCUGUUCGAUUAUGGGAUGUUAAGCAAGGAUAAUAAAAAGCUCAAAUAAACGGACAUAAUGAUUACGUCAGAUCAGUAUGUUUCUCUCAUGAUGGUAAUACUUUAGCAUCUGGUUGUGAUGAUUUGACUAUUCGUUUAUGGAAUGUUGAGACGUAAUAGGUAAUACAUUAAUUUGUUACUGAGAUUAAAUAUUUAUUUUCAACUCAUUUUUCUCCUGAUUGUACUACAUUAGCGUCUGGAUGUAUUGAUGGUUAUAUCAGUUUAUGGGAUGUGAAGACAGGAGAAUAGAAAGUCUCAUUAGAUUAUCAUAAUAAUCCUGUUAGUUCAGUAUGUUUUCUCUCCUGA